AGGAGUGCCGUUGCAUCUGUGGGGUCUACGGCUCUCUCACUCUCUCCUCCUCAGUACAGCUAUUACUGUGGCUGUUUUUAGUCCCCACCCACUUUGAAGCUCAUUCAUGGCUUCUCUGUUUAAUUCUCUAUUUCUUCCCACCGGUUUCCCAUCUCCAUCGCCUCAACUUGCUAGCCAUUCUGUGGUUUUCCUGGUUUUCUAGGAUUUUUGUUUUGUCAAAGGUGGAGAGAUGAGUGAAGGUGUGUCUCCUCUAUAUCCCAGUGGUGGGAUGGUACUUCUGGAAGUGUUUCUGUUGUUUCUAUGUUUCCAUGGAUCUUUAUCCAGCCCACUAAAUCAUCUUGGAGGAUAUAGGUUAACUGGCAGCAAGGGAAAUCCUCUCUUACCUGAGAUUUCCCCAGCUGCAACUCCUCAGCCCUUUCUUCCCAUUCUUGCACCAUCACCGUUGGUACCCUUCACAAACACCACUAUCCCAAAAUUAUCAGGAAUCUGUAUGUUGAACUUCACUGCUGUGGAGAGUUUGAUGAGCAUGACUUCAAUAGAUUGCUUUGCUGAUUUUGCCCCACUAUUGGCACAUGUAAUAUGCUGUCCACAGCUAUUGGCUACUCUUGUGAUUCUUAUUGGUCAAUCCAGUAAAGAUACCGGCAUGCUUGCUCUAAAUGCGACGCUUGCAAAGCCAUGCCUGUCAGACAUCGAGAAAGUCUUAGCAGGACAGGGUGCAAGUGAUAGCCUUAGGCAGAUUUGCUCCAUUCAUUCAUCAAACCUCACUGCAGCAUCUUGCCCCGUGAAAGAUGUUGAUGAGUUUGAGAGCACUGUGGAUUCUUCUAAGCUUCUUGAUGCAUGUGAAAAGAUUGAUCCUGUGAAGGAAUGUUGUGACCAAGUUUGUCAAAAUGCCAUAUCAGAAGCUGCAAACAUAAUUGCUCAGAAAACUUCUACUCUUUUGAGCAUGGAUGGGCCCCAUGUUUUACCUGAGUACUCAACCAGGAUUAAUGAUUGCAAAGUAAUUGUCCUCCGGUGGCUGGCGAGUAAGCUUGAUCCAUCUGGCGCAAAGGAAGUUCUUAGAGGACUAACAAAUUGCAAUGUUAACAAUGUUUGUCCUCUUGUCUUCCCCAACAAGAGGCAUGUUGCAAAAAGCUGUGGAAAUGGGAUUCGCAAUGAAACAGCUUGCUGCAAUUCCAUGGAUAGCUAUUUGUCCCACUUGCAAAAGCAGACGCUUGUCACUAAUUUGCAAGCUUUGGAUUGUGCUACAUCACUAGGAAUUAAGCUACAGAAAUCGAAUAUCACCAGAAAUGUUUACAACCUUUGUCAUAUAAGUCUGAAGGAUUUCUCCCUCCAAGGUUGGUGUGUUGCCUCAUAUACCUUUGAGGAGCAAAAUAAACUGUUAUUCCUUUUUCAAGUUAAUACUGGUACUAAUACUCAGCUCUCAUUGUGAUCCAUAUGUUGCUGGAUUCCACUACUUAUAUGCAUCAGUUGGAAAUCAAGGUAAGAUCCAUUCACAAGGAUCCACUAAUUUGGUGUCUGCAUAAAUUGUAUUCACUGUCUUGGAGUUUCUUCAUAUUUUUGUGUCUGUUAAAUUAUACAUGAUCUCUAUUGUUAUGACAUCUGCUUCUCUUGAAGGUGUUGCACCUGACUUUCUGUCUUCCAUUCAUUUCUUGUAGUAUCUGGAUGCCUCCUGCCAAGCUCGCCAUCUGAUGCAACACUAGACAAGUCUACAGGAAUAAGUUUCAUUUGUGAUCUUAAUGAUAAUAUUCCGGCUCCAUGGCCUUCUAUGACUCAGUUGCCAGCAUCAUCGUGCAACAAAACUGUCAGAAUUCCAGCACUUCCUGCAGCAACUUCUGGUCAUAUUGGUGUAUACAGUGAAUAUGCAAUGCUUUUUCUGCAUGUUGCCUUGGCAGUAGUUUUCAUGGCGAUCCUAUAGUUCUAGUUUGAGCUGCUUUUGCUUUGGUACUCCUCCAAGAACAAGUACAAUGAGGAUAACCUGAUGAAGCCAUGUCUAGACAACUUUGAAUCAUCACUGAGACCUAACCCUUCUUUUCGUCCCAUGUUCAAUUUACAAUGGCUUUUGCAACUGAGGUGGAUUCAAGCUCGCCUUUGGAAUCAUAUUAAUUCAUAAUUCUUAUUUCUUGCAUGCUUGGUGUAAUAAAUAUUUUGUAAAAGUAUGGAUAGAUGAAGAGAAAUAUUGUUGUAGAAGUAUGCAUUUGACUAUACCUUGUAAAUUGUUUAUUUGUCUAAAAAUGGAAUG